AUGUCUAAGUCGGAUGAUUUGAACGCUGAUAAAGAGAUGGGAGGCAGUCGUUUAACUGAUACACUUAAAGCAUCUGAAUCUGAUUGUAGAUACGACAAGGUAUCUAAAAGAGGGAGUGAUGAAAAUGCUAGACUUCUGGCUAAAUUUAACUUUAUGCAAAGUGUACAAGCAAAAGGAGGAGACUUUGAUUCAAAAAGACGUCCAGUAUUUAGACCUCCAGAUUCGGCCACACUUAAAAAUGAAAGACGUCCUGUGUUUAGAACUCCAGAUCCGGCCAUACUUAAAAAUGUUGAAAGAGUAUUAGGUUUAAGGUUUUCAAUAGAUAUAGCAUUACGAAAUACAAAUAACGAACAAGUUAAACUUAUUUUAGAUCGAGGAUGUGAUGUUAAUAUUUCAGAUAAAAAUGGUAUGACUGCUUUAAUGUUAGCAUCAAAAUGUGGAAACAAUGAAAGUUCCCAAUUGCUUUUAGAUCUUGGAUGUCAGGUAAAUAUUGCUGACAAAAAUGGAAACACUGCUUUAAUGUUGGCUUUAAAGAAUGGACACCAAAAAAUUGUCGAAUUACUUUUAGAUCGUGGAUGCGAUGUUAAUAUUUCAGACAAUAAUGGUAUGACUGCCUUAAUGAUUGCAUCAAGGUAUGGCAAAUAUGAAAUUAUUAAAUUACUUUUAGAUCGUGGAUGCGAUGUUAAUAUUGCAGACCAAAAUGGUAUGACUGCCUUAAUGAUUGUAUCACAGUAUGGCAACGAUGAAAUAGUCAAAUUACUUUUAGAUCGCGGAUGUGAUGUUAAUAUUUCAGACAGAAAUGGCUCGACGGCCUUAAUGUUAGCAUCAAUGAGUGGACACGAUAAAAAUGUCAAAUUACUUUUAGAUCGUGGAUGCGAUGUUAAUAUUGCAGACAAUAAUGGUAUGACUGCCUUUAUGGUUGCAUCAUGGUAUGGCAGCUAUGAAAUAGUGAAAUUACUAUUAGAUCGUGGAUUUGAUGUUAAUAUUUCAGAACAUAAUGGUAUGACUUCCUUAAUGUUGGCAUCAAAAUAUGGAAGAAAUACAAUUGUCAAAUUACUUUUAGAUCAUGGAUGUGAUGUUAAUAAUGCAGACCAAAAUGGUAGAACUGCCUUAAGGUUAGCAUCAAUAUAUGGGAACAAUGAAACUGUCCAAUUACUUUUAGAUCGUGGAUGCGAUGUUAAUAUUUCAGACAAUAAUGGUAUGACUGCCUUAAUGAUUGCAUCAAGGUAUGGCAAAUAUGAAAUUAUUAAAUUACUUUUAGAUCGUGGAUGCGAUGUUAAUAUUGCAGACAAUAAUGGUAUGACUGCCUUAAUGAUUGCAUCAAGGUAUGGCAACUAUGAAAUUAUUAAAUUACUUUUAGAUCGUGGAUGCGAUGUUAAUAUUGCAGACCAAAAUGGUAUGACUGCAUUUAUGUUAGCAUCACAGUGUGGCAACGAUGAAAUAGUCAAAUUACUUUUAGAUCGCGGAUGUGAUGUUAAUAUUGCAGACAGAAAUGGCUCAACGGCCUUAAUGUUAGCAUCAAAGAGUGGACACGAUAAAAAUGUCAAAUUACUUUUAGAUCGUGGAUGCGAUGUUAAUAUUGCAGACAAUAAUGGUAUGACUGCCUUUAUGGUUGCAUCAUGGUAUGGCAGCUAUGAAAUAGUGAAAUUACUAUUAGAUCGUGGAUUUGAUGUUAAUAUUUCAGAACAUAAUGGUAUGACUUCCUUAAUGUUGGCAUCAAAAUAUGGAAGAAAUACAAUUGUCAAAUUACUUUUAGAUCAUGGAUGUGAUGUUAAUAAUGCAGACCAAAAUGGUAGAACUGCCUUAAUGUUAGCAUCAAUAUAUGGGAACAAUGAAACUGUCCAAUUACUUUUAGAUCGUGGAUGCGAUGUUAAUAUUUCAGACAAUAAUGGAAUGACUACCUUAAUGAUUGCAUCAAGGUAUGGCAAAUAUGAAAUUAUUAAAUUACUUUUAGAUUGUGGAUGUGAUGUUAAUAUUGCAGACCAAAAUGGUAUGACUGCUUUAAUGUUAGCAUCAAAAUAUGGAAACAAUGAAAGUUCCCAAUUGCUUUUAGAUCGUGGAUGUCAGGUAAAUAUUGCUGACAAAAAUGGAAACACUGCUUUAAUGUUGGCUUUAGAGAAUGGACACCAAAACAUUGUCGAAUUACUUUUAGAUCGUGGAUGCGAUGUUAAUAUUGCAGACCAAAAUGGUAUGACUGCAUUUAUGUUAGAAUCACAGUAUGGCAACGAUGAAAUAGUCAAAUUACUUUUAGAUCGCGGAUGUGAUGUUAAUAUUGCAGACAGAAAUGGCUCAACGGCCUUAAUGUUAGCAUCAAGGUAUGGCAGCUAUGAAAUAGUGAAAUUACUAUUAGAUCGUGGAUUUGAUGUUAAUAUUUCAGAACAUAAUGUUUCAGAUAUCAAGACAACAAUCACAAUCGACCAGUCUGAUGAAAUAGCUCCUGAGCUCUUCGACUCGCCUACAGUAAUUCAAGUCACCAUAAAAUCAACCAACCACCAGAACAUCCCUGGUCUCCUCUUGCGCAAUAUCAAUAGCCCACACCAGAUCCUGCUGCUCAACUAUGGACGUGGGGAUACCCGGUACUUCUCGUCCAACGAGUUUGAUGUAGCGGAUCUGGACGGCACCACAAAAACACACGGCCCAUACACUUUGAAUUUCGACAGAUACCACAAGGACAAAAUCAUCGGAACCCUUAGAUGGGUCCCGCCAGCCCUGAGCAACGAAACACUGAUUAAGGCACUGCAAACAGUCAGCAAAUCUACAACUACAAUAACCACAAUCCCGCACACAAACAAUCGCAGAUUCACCAUCCAGAACGACAAUCCACAACACAUCCCACACUACAUCCAAAUUACAUACAAAGACACAACACGUAAUAUCCUCAUCGCACUGCCAGGAAGACGUCAAGCCUACACCGCCGUCUUCCAGUGUGGAUACUGCCUAACAAGUCUAUACACCAAAUACGACAUAGAAAAACACCUCAACGACCAGCACCCCGACAACGACCCCUGCCACAAUCAAAUAUUCUACAUCCUCAACCCAGACAGAUCCAUUUCUUACAUAUAUGCAGACGACAGAACUUAA